AGCAAGUAUCGCACGUCACUAAACCAAUAACACUAUGCACAGUCAUUUCAGUGUCAUUUUGUUGUGUCUUUCUGGCGUUUAUGGCAUAUCGUCUACGUUCGACAAUAUAAAAUGGGAAGACCUUAAGCAAAUUAUAAACGGCCAAUCCAGCAUUAAGGAAUGGGAAACAGCUAUGGAGCAAGAUUUAAUUUACAAACAUGGCAACGAUUCACAAGGUUUUUACAAAGUUAAAGAGGCUGUGAAUGACUAUGCAAAAAUAGUGCGAGCUGACGACAGUGCUCUAAAUACAUUCGAAACGCUCCGCGACAUAAUCAAAACAGCUUAUCAAUGCACGUUAGCGAAGUACGCAAGUCUUGCCACUUUCUUGUUAUUACAGGACUUUUGGCAAAUCAGAUCAAGGACACUCUAUACCUUAGAUUUUGUAAAACAACAUCCAUCCUCUCGAUGGGUUGGACCAGAAAAAAGAGAUAUAAUGUAUAGAGGAUAUUUUCACAAAUUUAGCCACGGGAAAUAUCACUUGGACUACGACGUUAACGUCGAGGAAGAGCCAUUUCAGCUAUUCACCAAGCACGAUUUAAGCACUAAAAAAUCGCAGGAAAUCCACAAUAUUUUGGCGGCCAUGAUCGGCAAGACGCUCGGUGUGAAUAUCAAGCACAACAUCUAUCCGGAUGUGAUAAAAGCGACGUUUAGAAACCAAUAUAGGAGAGAACGUAUAGAUCUUCUCAACAAAUUCAUUUGUGUUCUCAACGAGUCGAUUAUACUGCUCGACAAUUUCAUCGUAGACAAGUGCGUACAACACGAGGGAAAUUUUGUGAAGAAUUUCGAAUCUCUAAAAACAGGCCUCGACGGAGAUUUAAUGUGGCUUCUAGCGCAAUUCGAUGAACUGAAGGCCAGACGUGCUGUGAAGUUGUACCAUGAUUUUACAAACCCGAUCCCGCCAAAUGAUAGCCCAGUGAAGGCUUCGGGCUGCUUCGUAAAGAAUUUGGAAAUCAACGUUGCUGGUUAUAAAUGGGAUUUGCCAAAUACUACCAACCCGACGGCAAUUUAUGGCCAAACCGCAAACCGACAAUCCGAAACUAAAUACAAAAUUGUAGAAACCGCCAAGGAGCCGCAAAGCGAGGUAAGUAUAGCUAUGGUGUCGAUUCGCGAUCCAAGAACUACGGAUAUAGAUCAUCCUCAACCAAGAACUAUGGGUCCAGUUGAUGAUUUUCCAGGAAUUUUGGAUACACAUCAUUCUUUUCCAGGAACUACGAGUACAGAACAACCCAGCAGUUCUCGUGGCUAAGACGAUUACAUAAAUAAUUGUACAAUAAUGUAACAAGGACUCCAAAAAACCAACACUGUGAAAAGGGUUCUUAUAUCAAAAUCUUACAUUGACAUGUCACAAAUAUUUAUCGAAUCUAAAAUGUAUUACAGAAAUUAUUGCACAAUAUAUUUACUAUUCAAAUUCUGA